CUGCCCGUCCAUGCGGACGGUGCUGCGGGUGGCGGCUUUCUAUUUAACUACAGCCGAUGUCAUUGGUUGCACCGGUUGCACACGGCGGCGCUCGCAGUAGUCUGUUGUUGUCAGUCGGUGAGGUGUUCGGAACUGCUUAGCUCGCCGUACUCUCAAAGACCCCACUGUCACCGUCCACAAGAGUCAUCGAUUCCACGCUAAGGAAUUUCCUAACUGAACAAGGGCAUGGAGCUGCUCCCGGACGACGCGCUGCUCGAGGUGAUGAAGUACCUGAAAAUAGAGGACCUGCUCGCCUGCCGCCUCGUGUGCCGUCGGCUCGGGGCCCUGGCGAUGCUCCCGGAGCUUUGGCGGCACCAGCGCUUCAAACUCGUCUGCGGCGACGAGACCCCUCGUUACAACGAAUGCUCUGUGCUGCGCCUGGCGCCGUGCCUGCGCGCAUGGCACGUCAACGUCCCGCUGGAGAAGUUCCACACGUUGUACUCCACUACCAGGUGUGCCGUCAACAAGCUGACAUUGAGUUUGAAUAACGUGUCAGGAAAAGACGCACUUCAAGCAAGCCUUGUCAUCCGCAACCAGGCGGCGCUUGGUCGGCUACGGAGGCUUAGUUUGGGCCCCUGUAGUUGGAAAAGUGUCCUGGAUGACGUGGAAGCCGCUGUGUUGCUCGGGACGGUAGCGUCAACGCCAGGCCUAGAGGAGCUAAAAAUUGAAGGAUUCCUGAGCUUUGCGCCAUCUUUAUUGGACGGUCUUCACAGGUCCUUUCCCGGUGCGUCCCUCAAGAGCUUCGAACACCAUCCGCAAAGCCCGGACGAGGAGCCCUUCUGCGACUUAAUUCUGUCCACGCACGCCGCCACCUUGGAGUCCGUUAGCCUCGGCUACUACCCCCUGAUCUCGACAUCAGCCUCUACUCUCUUAGCGGGAAUGCCACACCUUCGUAGGCUGCGGUGUGGCAUGAUGCCCGGGCUGGAGGCCGUGGCCGGGUGCGAGCAGCUGAGACUCUUACACCUCUGCGUAGCGUACGACGGCGAGGCCCUCGCCACCGCCGAGUUUCUUCGCCGAGCAACCCAACUGCUCAAGGUGAGGCUCCAGUGUGUACCAUAUGUCGGCAUGGCCCCUUCCUCGGACAUGGAUUUUGUGCUGGCUCUGGCCGCGACCGGACGUUCACACCUUGAGGACUUGUCAAUCAACGUGGAAGAUUGGCACCAGGACCACAUCCCUCAGCAGCAGCAGUCUCUGCUCAAGGCGCUGCCCCGUCUGCCGGCGCUCAAGCACCUGGAGGUGCACGGCGAGGCCAAUGACGAACUCCUGCUCGGCAUCACGCCUGCCAACGCGCCGGCCCUACGCACCCUCAACGUAUUCACUAUAAGUAGUGUCGAGUGUGCGCACGACGCGCUGCACCGGGGCGCGGUGCAGAAACUCCUGUCCUUGAACCCCGAGCUGGAGUUUUCCACCUACGUGCAAAGCUAUUGCUCCACAGGUGGUCGUUGCGCGUGGUGUUCACUGGGCUGCCACCAGGAGAUGCGGGAUGAUACUUUAUGUGAUAAUGCCGACUGGUUCACCAUUCCUCGCUGGGAAAUUGUGGAAUGAUUUGUUAAGUUUCAUUUUUGUUGAGGAAUAUCUGCCCCGUCCCCUUCUAUUUGGACUAAAAAAUGUAAAACAUUUUGUUGUGUUUCUCACUUGAAAUAUACUAUC